CUUUUUAUUAUUCCCUGCGUGCAGAUGUUCUAGCCGGCUAGUUGCGCUGUUUUUUUCUCUAUAGUCUUUCUUUUCCCAUUUCAUCUCUCUCUCAUUUCCACCGAUUCCUCAAUUUUCAAGAGGGAGAGAGAGAGAGGAAGAGAGAGAAAUCCCUCUCUUUCCUCUUCCAUUAACUGCGGCAUCAUACAAUUCUUCGCAGCUUCAAACGAAGUCCUGAACCUUCUUCUUCCAAUCGUCAGAUCCGGCUUCUAAUUUCCACCCCACUUAUUGCACUUGAUCCAAUCAGAUCUACUUCGACCUUUUUACUGGCUGAUUUUUGUGCUACAAUUUCUGGGUAGCUGCUAAAACAAGUUGAUUCAGCUACCUCUUUUGCGUCUUUAGUCUCGUGAAUUAGGGGCAUCUGGUUGUUGCUGUGUUUGUUAAGAUGAAGAAGGCCUUUGAUCAAACUGUCAGAGACUUAAAGAGAGAGGUCAAUAAGACCGUGCUCAAAAUUCCUAAAGUAGAGCAGAAGGUUUUGGAUGCCACUAGCAAUGAGCCUUGGGGUCCUCAUGGAUCCCUUCUUGCAGAUAUAGCACAGGCAACUAGAAAUUAUCAUGAAUAUCAAAUGAUCAUGGGAAUACUCUGGAAGCGGAUAAAUGAUACUGGCAAGAAUUGGAGGCAUGUCUACAAGGGUUUGACCGUUUUGGAGUACUUGGUGGGUCAUGGAUCAGAGCGUGUCAUAGAUGACAUCAGAGAACAUGCAUAUCAGAUAUCGACCUUAUCUGAUUUUCAAUACAUCGACUCCAAUGGGAGGGACCAAGGUAACAAUGUUAGAAAGAAAUCUCAAAAUCUUGUUGCCCUUGUAAAUGAUAAAGAAAGGAUCAUUGAGGUCAGACAGAAGGCUGCUGCUAAUAGGGACAAGUUUCGCAGCGCAUCAUCUAUGGGCAGUAUGUAUAGACCAGGUUCAGGAGGAUAUGAUGACCGCUAUGAAGGACGAUAUGGAGGCCGAGAUGGAGACAGAAAUGUUGAUUCUUAUGGGAGGGAAAGAGAUUAUGGUUUUAGAGAUGACCGUUCUGGCAGAAAUGAAGAUUCAUAUGGCCGUGAUUAUGAAGAACGCUAUAACAGAGAUGGUUAUAAGGAUGAUGAUUAUCGAGGAAGAAGUCGAAGCAUUGAUGACUACCAGUAUGGUUCAAGGAGCAGGAGCUCUGACAGAGAUGGAGAACGUGCAUAUGAUGAUGAUGGUCAAGUUUCUUCUCGCAACAGUGGUGCCAGACCUGACGAGCCAUCUCAGGUUGGAAGGCAGCUUGAACGUAAAUUUUCAGAACAGAACAUUGCUCCACCGAGUUAUGAAGAAGCUGUGAAUGAAUCUGGAAGCACUGUGCCUAGUCAAAGAGAAGUAGAAGCUCCAGCAACUACUGCUCCAAGAGCUUUUCCUCCACCCGUGCCCAGUACUCCAAGCCAGCAAACUACUCAUGGAACCACUGCAUCCCCGCUUCCCCAGGGAUUUGAUGGUUCUGAUGAAUUUGACCCCCGUGGUUCAGUUCCAGUUGCUCCAAAUGCCUCAAGCAAUUUGGAGGCAAAUUUAUUUGACUCAUUGGCCUUAGUGCCUGUUGGGCCAGUAACAUCAUCUGCAGACUCUGAGAGUCAUGUUCAGACAAGCUCUGCUGUGGGAUCCUUUACUCAAAAUCAGACUUUUGAAGAUCCAUUUGGUGACUCGCCUUUUAAAGCCAUAUCUUCCUCUGGUGUCCAAGAUCAAACAUAUUUUCAACGUGGGGAAUCAUUUUCUGCAGCAACUUACUCCACACCAAACGUCCCUGUUCAACCUCAACCGAAUUUGCACCAUCCUCGUGAAGAGACUCUGCAACAUCAAAAUAUUGGUGUACUGGCUGAUCUUCUCCCUCCUGAAACUUUACCCGCUGCUGUUUCACAGCCCACGUUUACAUCAAACCAACCAGUACAGCCAAAUUCUCAUGCUGCAUCUGGCUUGCCUGCACAGCCAAAUUCUAACUUGGGGAAUUAUCAGCAAGAUGGAAAUAUUGCUCCUGUGAAUUUUCAAAAUCAAACAGAACCAGGGAGAGAGUUCGGCAAUGGGAUGUUUGUGGCGCCGGGAGGAAUACCAGCUCAUGGAUCAUAUAUGGCUCCUCCAAAUGCUGGACCUAAUGCACAGCCCAACAAUUUUGGAACAUAUCAUAAUGGUUCUGCAGUUCCCGCAAGUUCUCAUCUCACGCUUCAAACUACAAGACCUCCCGCUCAUCUUCCUAGUGGAAACAACUUCAAUCCGCCACAGGGUUCAGUAGCUUCUCAAGUAUCUUACCAAACCUCAAAUUUUCCUGUGGUAAAAUCUGAGGUUAUGGGUAGCUUUAAUUCUCAAGCAGGAAACUAUACAUCCAUGGCUUCUCAGCAAAAUCCUCCAGCUGGAUCACUUUCAACUGCGUCCCAAGCUUCGAAUAAUAAGUUUGAGACCAAGUCCACAGUAUGGUCUGACACAUUAAGCAGAGGGCUUGUCAAUUUAAACAUAUCUGGACCUAAAGCAAACCCAAUGGCGGACAUUGGUGUUGAUUUUGAAGCCCUCAAUAGGAAGGAGAAGAGAAUGGAGAAGCCUAGUACAGCUCCAGUCGUAUCUACCAUUAACAUGGGUAAAGCUAUGGGAUCUGGUUCUGGGAUAGGCCGAGUUGGUGCUAGUGCGCUAAGGCCACCUCCAAAUGCAAUGUCAGGAUCCGGUUCGGGCAUGGGCAUGGGCAUGGGAAUGGGCAUGGGCAUGAACCCCAAUCCUGGCAUGGGCAUGGGGAUGGGCAUGAGAGGCUAUGGAGGUAUGAAUCAACCCAUGGGUGGCAUGGGAAUGAAUAUGGGUAUGGGGCAACAAGGAUUCCAAAUGCAGCAACCUCGAGCAAACAUGCCCGGUGUAUACAACCCGAUGAUGGGUGGUGGUGGUUAUGCCCCCCAGCAGCCACCUUACGGCAGUUACCGAUGACAUCUGACAUCUUGUUAGAGUUGUGGAAGAGCUUCUGCUUUGUUUUUCAGGUUAUAAGAUUAGAUAGGACACAUCACUAAAUAUUCAAAGAUCUGCAUCCAACCCAAGAUUUUAUUAUUUGAAGCUAUAUCUUUUCUUUUUAUUUUUCUUUUUCUUCCAAAUCUUGUGUUAGUCAUUCUUUGUGGGUUGAGUUCUGCUUUGAAUUUUGUGUGUAUCAAAUGAGGUCAAAUCUUUCUUAUCAUUUUCCUUCCACUUUCUUGUGAUUGUAUAUUUGAUUGAAUACAAAUUAAAGAAUAAAAUACGAUGGUGUAAGUUUGUCUCA